CUCUCUCUCCUCUUCCUCCCAACGUGACUUUUACUCUGCGGGGACUGGAGCAGGAGGGAGACACGCUGGGGUCUAUCUGCAGGAGAGCCACGCUAUUGGCCGCAGAGGGGCCCAUAAGGGAGGAGCGAGCGGGAUUCAUACACGAAUGUUUGGUUUCCAGUCGUCAGUCAAACUUCCAGUAUAGCUUUUAUUCCCGAGGYUCACCUGUACAAGAGGCAGAAAUGGACGACCAGGGGUGUCCGAGGUGCAAAACCACCAAAUACAGGAACCCGUCGUUGAAGUUGAUGGUGAACGUCUGCGGACACACGCUAUGCGAGAACUGCGUGGAGAUGCUGUUUGUGCGUGGCUCGGGUAACUGCGUGCAGUGCGACACGCCUCUCCGGAAGAGCAACUUUCGCGUGCAGCUCUUCGAAGACCCAACCGUGGACAAGGAGGUGGAGAUCCGCAAGAAGGUGAUGAAAAUAUACAACAAGAGAGAACUCGACUUCCCCAGUCUGAGAGAAUAUAACGAUUAUCUGGAGCAAGUGGAGGACAUUGUGCAUAACCUCACAAAUAACAUUGAUGUGGAGAACACCAAGCUGAGGAUGGAGCAGUACCAGAAAGAAAACAAAGACAUCAUCCAGAGAAAUAAGGCCAAGCUUACGCGGGAGCAGGAGGAGCUGGAGGAGCUGCUGCUUCUGGAACAGCAGAGCAACGAGCAGCGGCGGCUGGACGUGCUGCAGGAGGAGCAGAGGCAGCUUCAGGCCAAGCGGAAGAACAAACAGGCUUUGCUGGACGAACUGGAGCAGUCUCAGCUGCCUGCCACCGUCUUGCUCGCCCAGCACAAAGUUCGUGCUGCCCAGCUGGAGACGGAGAUCGAGCAGCAAAAACAGAACGUGAAGCCAACCAGUAUAUUUUCAACUGGUAUCCAAAUUCGGCAGAAUGUGUCUCUUCAGCCUUUGCAGAGGAUAGAGGAAGUGCUGUACCACUACACACCCRUUCACGUUGAAACCUACGGGCCUCCUGUGCCUGAGCUGGAGCAGCUAGGCAGACUUGGGUAUCUGAACCACGUACGGGCCGCCUUGCCUCAGGACACAGCUGGAGGAUACAACUCAGCUCUGGCGUGUCACCGAGCCAUCCAGGAUGCUUUCAGCGGGCUGUUUCCUCCCAAGUGUUGAAACUUGUCUCUCAACAGAAAUGUGACCGAAUGGACUCUGAAAAAUACAGCAGCGCCACCUCUGUGCUGCUUGUUUGUUGGCUCUUUUACUUAUUUUUGAUUCUGAAGUGUAUAAAUGUUUUGUUAACUUUAUUUUUUACACAAAAAUAAAAACUGACCCCAUCCAUCAUUUGUGAUUUAUUAAAAAAAAUUAAUGUACAACACAGAAUAAUGAACUGAACUAAAGCUGAGUUAUGAUUUAAUUUGAGGAAGCGACACCUCUUAUAAUAAAACUUUUUAAAAAGGGGAAAAGAAAAA